AUGGUGAGCAGAAGGUGGAUGAUAACAUUUUCUGGUAGUGUUGAUGGUGGGGAGACGGUGGAGGAAGUUGUUGUUACUGAUAUUGAGAAGAUGAAGAACGUUGGUGGUUUCUCUUCAAAAGAGGGAGAUCGUGGUUUCUUAUAUUGGAGAAAAGAAUAUCGUGACGAUGCUAAUGAGAACGGAAUCAAAUGGUCUAAUUCUGAUGUUCAAUCUUUCAUCUCUAUUGAUCAUAUCCAUGGACCUGUGGUGGAAAAUGCAAGGAAAGCAGCAAAAGUAGCUACGAUAGGAAGCGCUGUUGGAGCACUUCAUUUGGGCGGAACUGCCUGGAGAUAUUCAAAGAGUCCUCACGGUGCCGUCUUAGCUGUGGGUCUUGGAGCUGUGGUUGGUUACACAGUUGGAAAAGAAGCUGCAUCCCAUUAUUAUCAACUCUAUCCGGAUGAUGCUAUGGCUUCUCAGGUCAAGUUUUUGGAGUGGAUUGUACCUGUUGUGGAUGUAAUUGUGAUCUCUAGAUGGUUUGUGGAUUGUACCUGCAGUUCAUAUUGCAAGUGGUGGUGCAGGUUGUGCUGAGAAUGAGUUCCAGGU